AUGGCUAACGGAAACAUUUCUUACCCGCUCUCUCGAGCCUCUGAGGACCAGAAUCUCCAUCUGAACCUGACACAAGCCACACCUAACGGCCACCCGGCCUCUCCGAGAGAACUUCUUGCAGCUAAUGGCACCCGCCCGCAAAUUGUUCGCCAGGCUCCUACACUCCCCAACCUUGUAACUUCUGGCCCCGCCAUGAAGCCUUCUCUCGGCCUGUCUUCUGGUCAAAGGGCCACCGACGACGACAACUCCUCCAACGGCAGCUCCACUCCCCGCGGGCGACCAUGUGCUCCCAACGGCUCCCGCAAAAACCGUGGACAUGCCACGGCUAAGUACAACGAUUCCGCGAACUCAUCCCCCAUACAACGCGAUCGCAGCAACUCGCCUUCCCUAUCCAGUACCGGCCUCACCAGCAGCGUCGCCAGUCAAGGAGUCCCUCCCUCCCUCCCUCACAUCCAACUCUCGACCUUUCACCCCAAGCCGGAGGCGCUCAAAGAGCUCAUCGACCACAUCACCUCCCCACCACUCACCAGCACGCCGUCAGAAGACACGUGCAGGCUCGUCAAGCAAUGGCGCCUGUCGCAGUACCGCGACGUGCGCGAGCGCGAACACCACUUCGGCCCGCUACUGGGCUGGCCGUCUGAGUACGCCAUGGGCGUCACUAGCGAGUUCCACAUGGACAAGGCCCUUCGCGCGGCGUUCGCGCCACAGGAUGCGGAGCUGGAGCGACGGCUGGGGUUGCCGCCCGUCCGGCCGACGUUCACGUACGGCUUCACUAGCACCGCGUUCACGGCGCCCCAGAAGGCCUUGAUGGCGGGCAUGCUUGAUUCAGCAAAGGUUAUGCCGGCGGGAGAGGAUCCGCAGUUCCCGUUCCUCGCGCAGAAGUGGAUCAACGACAGCGACAGCAGGCGCGAGGCCGAGCGAGAAAUGGCCCGGGCUGGCGCGACCAUGUGUAGAGCGCUGUCGAAGUUCUACCGGGAGGUGUGCAAGUGGGAGGAGGUUGACGUGGACGACAUGCUCACCUUCACAAUGGUCGUCAGUCCCGAGGUGUGCAGGCUGUUUGUGAACUGGUUCGAGAAGUCCCGCUCCGAUGACCAGCUCCGGUUUCAUAAAGACCUCGUGUACGCUGCCUUCAUGGAGGACGAAAUGCAGGUGCAGAAGAUGAGGACGAUCUGUGACCGGAUCAAGGAUUGGAUGAGGGACCUGCGGUUGAUGAACUUGAAGGACGCGCUGGAUAUCAUGAUCGACGCGAACGCGAUCGAUGCCGCGAAGGCCAAGGAAGAGGAGAAGAAACGUCAGAUAUUAGACAAGAUGGAUUGGAUAGAGGAGCAGCGCGCCAGUGAGGUAGAGAAGCGCCGGACUAAUGGCUCGACAACCAAUGGGUUGACAACGAAUGAGUCAACUACUAAUGGGCCGAUAACUAACGAGCCGAGCGAGGAGUAUGGGUCGUUGUAG